AUGGCCGCGGAGCUGGCGAUGGGCGCCGAGCUGCCCAGCAGCCCGCUGGCCAUCGAGUACGUCAACGACUUCGACCUGAUGAAGUUCGAGGUGAAGAAGGAGCCGCCCGAGGCCGAGCGCUUCUGCCACCGCCUGCCGCCCGGCUCGCUGUCCUCGACGCCGCUCAGCACGCCUUGCUCCUCCGUGCCCUCCUCGCCCAGCUUCUGCGCGCCCAGCCCGGGCACCGGCGGCGGCGGCGGCGCGGGGGGCGGCGGCGCGGCGCAGGCCGGGGCCGCCCCGGGGCCGUUGAGCGGGGGCCCCGGCGCCGUCGGGGGCGCCUCGGGGAAGCCGGCGCUGGAGGAUCUGUACUGGAUGAGCGGCUACCAGCAUCCCCUGAACCCCGAGGCGCUCCACCUGACGCCCGAGGACGCGGUGGAGGCGUUGAUCGGCAGCGGCCACCACGGCGCGCACCACCCAGCGGCCGCCGCGGCCUACGAGGCCUUCCGGGGCCAAGGCUUCGCGGGCGGCGGCGGCGGCGCGGACGACGUGGGUGCCGGUCAGCACCACGGCACGCCCCACGCCGCCCACCAUCACCACGCCGCCCACCACCAUCACCACCACCACCACCACCACGGCGGCGCGGGCCACGGCGGCGGCGGCGGCGGCGCGGGCCACCACGUGCGCCUGGAGGAGCGCUUCUCCGACGACCAGCUCGUGUCCAUGUCCGUGCGCGAGCUGAACAGGCAGCUCCGCGGCUUCAGCAAGGAGGAGGUCAUCAGGCUGAAGCAGAAGCGGCGCACGCUCAAGAACCGCGGCUACGCGCAGUCGUGCCGCUUCAAGCGGGUGCAGCAGCGGCACAUUCUGGAGAGCGAGAAGUGCCAGCUCCAGAGCCAGGUGGAGCAGCUGCGGCUGGAGGUGGGGCGCCUGGCCAAGGAGCGGGACCUGUACAAGGAGAAAUACGAGAAGCUGGCCGGCCGGGGCGGCCCCGGGGGCGCGGGCGGGGCCGGCUUCCCGCGGGAGUCCUCGCCGCCGCAGGCCGGCCCCGGCGGGGCCAAGGGCGGCCCCGGCUUCUUCCUGUGA